AUGGGCUUCCUUAGACUAUUCAGCAAGAGGUCGGGUAACAAGAGCAAAGAGGAUGUCUCCCCCAAAUCAUUAGAUUAUGAGUCUAUGGUUGCUGGAACACCCCCUGUUCUAGGAACGAAACCGACACGAGGAAAUGGACCACUCGUCAUCAAGAUCCUCCCACGAGAUGUCAACCAGGCCCAGAUUGCUGUCAGAAACGAUGGAUCAGUGACCGAUGGACUCCUGAUGCCAAGUCCCAUUAUCCCUGGUUUUCGAGCGGAGGAUAUCGAGAGACCGAGCUCGGCACCGAAUGGGUUUCGGACACCUUCUCGCUCGCUAGGGGCCGGUGGCAGUUUACGAGCUGCACCGGAUACCAAAAGCCCGCAUAGAAGACCACCUCCACUUUCAUUCCGUAUGGCCAGGCCCGAGACUUCGCCACUUGCCCGAUCAGUUUCACAGAAUGGGAUUGAUGCCAAAGUUCUUUCCCAGCCACAAGUAGCUCCUUCUGUUCAUUCAAGGAGUAACUCGAUCGUCAGCAAUACCGGAAGCCGUUACAGGGAUAUCAUAGAAGCCCACUCGGAGAUUAAGCCUAUCAACUUCAAGAUACGGAUAAAAGCUACAGGCACCAGAGAUUACGGCGAAGAUGUUGCAGAGAGGAAUUUGGGAGAAAACGGUCACAACCUGGACUCACCCUCUGUCAAGGCAUUCUAUGCCCGCUCCUCCAUGAUCUUUGAGAAGUCGAAGGCGGAUGAGAUCACAAAGCAACUUGAAGCGGAACCAAGCAUUCACAGAGCCAGGACACGAACACUGGCGUCAAAACUUUCUGUUGACUUGUCGACCAACCCGGCCCACUCCCCGAUCCCAUCACGGGCAACAACCUCCCAUGGCAGACAAGUUUCUGCUUACGAACAUCCAGAUGGCGCCCUCUCCCUAGGUCCACGGCUACCAGCGAACUGCAACUUGCAACGAUCCAAGUCUGUCAAUACCUAUUUGCCCGUCGAAUCGAACAGUGGCACCAGCGUUCAGACAAUAGCCGCCACCACCGAGCAGGAAACCGAAGUAUCGGACCUCCCUCCUGUCAUCGAAUGGCCCCUCAGAUCCUUUUCUCCCAUUACAUUGAAACCGUCCGCUCUUGGUGCCUCUCUGUCUUUGGCACCGCCAGAGAUUAUCAAACCUGCAUCAUUAUCCCAGUGGGCGGGGGACGAAGAGGACACCAGCUGUUUUGAGCUGUCGAGGAAUACAAAGCUCGGAGUUGGCUCGUCCUACUACUAG